CAGUUUCAUGUAGCACCACACUUGCUCAUCUUUUAAAACAUAUAGUUUGUCAGCAAUAUUAAUAACAUCUAAUGCAUUGUCAAAGCCUAUAUAUUCUUUGUUGACUUUAUAUAAACUAAUAUUCUUCAUAUUUAGUUUAUUAUAAACAAUUAUAAAACAAUCUUUCCGUGAUUACUACAUCAAAAAAAAACGAGGUUAAGUUAGGUUAAGUUCUUCAAAGUUGACAGUACCGACCUUGAAUGUAAAACAUUUAUUUAUUUAUUAUUAUUUGACAAUUCAUUUUACAAAAACAAUUAAAAUUGAUCUUCAUUAAAUUAGGAAUCAUAAAAUUAUUUCUUAUAUUGCUUUGGGUAACAUUUUUUAACGAGUUUCACAUUUUCUUUUCAUAUAAAUAAUAAAGUGGAUGUAUUAAUUGAAGAACUUGAGUGACCGAUUUGAUUGAAGUAUCAAUUUGAAUGUGUACAACCUACUGUUUUUGGUCUAUAUUCAUCGUAAUAUUUAAAGUGAUUAAUUAGUGAUUAAUGAUUUUAUUUAGUUAACUGCAGCAGCAGUUUACAGUUUUAAACUUAAAUUUUCACCGCGGAACGCAAACAUGCGCAUGCGAAAUAAUAGUUCGGUGGUGCUUUUUAAUGAUGGGUGGUAGGUCAUCCAUCAUAUAAAAAAUUUUCCAAAAUUUCUUUGUUAAAUACAUGAUAAGCUUUUUUUAAGGUAAAAGCUAAUUAAGAAUAUAAAGAUUAUCAACGGUUAGUAUUUACGGUACUUUGAACUCGAUCGAUUUGAAGCUAAAAUUGACAGAGUUUUACAAGAAUUUUAACCCAUAUGAUUGAUCUGUGAAAGGUAAACCUGGUGAGUGACACUAGUGAAAUUACAAGUGAAAUGUAAACAUUUUUGAGUGUUUUAGAUUUUAGUGAAUUAAUCAAACUUUAAAGUCAUUGUUUUAUAAUACUGCAUACAAAAAAUGCAUUGCUGUGAUUUAUAAACUGUGUUGUGCAUUUUCAAGUUGUACUACACAUUAAACAUGGCUUCUACAAUAGCUUGAAGGAAUGUCAAAGGUAUAUGAGGAUUAAGAAUGUAUUACUUCAGAAGCAGAGAAAUUACAAAUAUUAAAAAUACAUUCAGUACUGCUAGUGACCCUGCACAAAGCUCUUGGUUCAGAAAGUAAUGAACCUCUUUGACUGUCUUUUUCCCUGUGCACUGCAGCACAGUUGGUGGAAUAUUGGUAGUGAACAUUGUAUGAGCCAAGAAUUUGUAAAUAGCAUGGGUGUCAAUUCGUCAGUUGCAGCUGCAGGAGAUGUAGGUAACUCACCUGGUAACUCAGGCUUUACUGAUAUGUCAGCAUACAGAGAUACAGUUGGAAUAAUGAUAAGGGAAAGGAAGAAAAAAAUAGCCGGUCUUUCAACCCUCAAGAAAAAAUUUAUUAAAAGAAGGAGGUCUUCAAAAGCUUGUGAUCAUGGCCGUAUGAUUAGGGAAUUAGUGUCAGACUGGACACCUCUAGAAGUGACAGCUCUUUUAGAAGAAUAUGAAGCACUGGCAGCUCUCAAAGACUUAUGUGUGCAAGCUGAACUAGCAAGGCCACCAGCUUCUACAUUUAAACAAGACUUAUCUGCACUCUAUGAUUAUAAAUAUUGCACUGACGCUGAUUUGGUAUAUCGAGGAGCAUGUUUCCCAAUUCAUCGAGCUUUAUUAUCAAUAAGGUGUCCUUACUUUCGUGACCUUCUUGCCGGCUGUCCUGGUUAUGGUGCAAGGAUUUGUUUAGAACUACGUACUCAAGUAGAUGUGCAACUUUUUUCUGCCCUCUUAAGAUAUUUAUAUACAGGAGAUAUUUGUCCACAUGAUACGAAUAUAGAUUUAAAUUUACUCAGACGUUUACGAGAAGAAUUUGGAACUCCAAACGCUUUAGAAACAGAUCUACAAUACUUAUUAGAGACUGGCGAUUAUGCAGACGCUGCAUUAGUAUUUACAUCGGACGGCUUAGAUUGUCAAAGACCUGACUCGGGAAGUUCUGAGUAUGGGUUUCGGCCUAAACUUGAACUUCCUUGCCAUAAAGCCAUUUUAUCUGCAAGAUCUCCAUUUUUUAGAAACUUAUUACAAAGAAGAUCUCGAACUGGCGAAGAACAUACAGAACGUGCUCUACAUAUUCCUACCAGAAUAGUUCUUGAUGAAAGUGUUAUACCUAAAAGAUAUGCACGUGUUCUGCUCCAUGUGAUAUAUUUAGACCAUGUUGACCUCUCGCUAAUUUCAAGAGGCGGUUGUGGAGGAGGUUUGGGCGAAGCUCAAGCAUUAGCACAUACUGGACGGGUUCGACCAUCUCCAUUAGAAGAAACAAUGGAAUUGUACCAAAUAGGUCGAUUUCUUGAAUUGGACAUUUUAUCUCAAGGCUGUGAAGAUCUUAUAUUAGAAUGGUUAUCACUUGACACAUUGCCAACUGUAUUACAAUGGUCUCAGCAACCGUACGGGUCCGCAUGGGUUCAUCGUCAGGCACUGCAUUUUCUUCGUGAAGAAUUUCAAGCAAUUGUUCAGUCUCCUGUUUUACAUCAGUUAGACAAAGUUCAUCUGCAGGAAGCAUUGAAGAAUCCAUUCUUACAAGCAAGUGAAUUAGAAGUUCUUCAUGGUGUUUUAAAAUGGGGAGAACAGCAACUGGUUAAAAGAAUGGAAGACAGAGAACCAAAUUUGUUGAACCAUACAGCACACUCAGUAACACGCAAAGGGGUUAAAAAGCGUGAUUUAAGCGACGUUGAACUGCGUGAAAUACUUUCAGAUUUAUUACCUUUAGUUCAUAUAGAUCAUGUUUUACCAGCAAACAAUGAAAUACUGAAUCAAGCUAUUCGUAGAGGUUUGGUUAGUACUCCUCCAAGUCAUAUGCUAGGGGGCGACGAAAAUAUGCGCGUUAAUGCCUGGAUAAGAUGCGGAAAAAAUAACGGCCUUUUUAUACGUCCACGGCUAUUUAUGCCAUAUUACGAAGAGCUUAAAAUUCUAGUUGAGGAUCAUCUAGUACAGGAAGUUGAACUGCACAGGAUGAGAAGAGCUAGAUAUAUGCAAGACAUACCAGAUACAUUGUAUAUGGUUGGCCAUAAGCCCAAACAUAGACCCUAUGGCAUGGCAAAUGUUGAUGUUUUAGCGGCUACAAUACCUGUGCCCGAUCGUGCAGUUACUAGCGCUAUGUUAAAAAGGGAACAAAAACUAAGACAGUCUCCAAGUUGUCAAAGAGCUCUUAAUUUAUUGUUGUCUUCAGUUCAUGAAAUUAAUCAACAGAUACGCUUACGUGUUGUACGAGAAUUUAAUCUCCCUGAUCCAGUGGCUGACAUUUUGGAAAGUUGUCACUGCGAAAACGAAAUAGGACCAAAUGAAGAGAAUGUAGUUGAAGCUUCGCCAAAAAAAUUGAAUUUAAAAGGACAUGGUAGCAAUUAUGGUCACCAUAUGACAUUCCCAAGGCAGAACAAUUUCUCAAGGGCUCCACACGAAUUGCCGGCUGUCGUGCCAGAAGGUGAUUUUCGGUUCCCUAAUGAACCAGAAAGCAGUUCUUGCAGCGACGGUCACCUAUCUGAUAUUAUGCCUGAUGUAGCUAUGGCGUCUGCAAGUCUUGGCCAAAUUCAACUGCAUGAACAGCCAGAAAUGGAGUUGGAUUUGGGCGAUGGAGGAUCUCAUCUUCAUGCAGUCGUUGAAACACCACAAAGUUUACGUAAUUCUCUACACCAUCCGGUUGAUUACAGAAAUUAUUCUUCUAGUACUUUCCCCCAUCAUCGGACUGAAUCAACUCAGUCUUAUCAUCACCGGACACCGCCAAUGCCUAGGUUCUUAUAGUCCAGGUUGUAUCGAUACAAUUAAUUAUUUUUCAUCAGAAGCUAGUUAUGUUGUUUACAAUUUGGCUUUUUGUUUUCUUUUGGCCAAUACGUUUUUCGAUGAAUUUCUGUUUAAAUUUGUUGUUGUUUUGCCGAAAUGGGACUUUCUUUUUCAAUUUCUUUAACAAAUAUGACAGUAGAGUUAGAUUAUUAUUUAAAUUUUAAAAGCGAAAAGUAUAAUUUUAAUUUUUAGAUCAUGUAUAAGACUAUUAAUUUCGAAUAUUAUUAUAUAAAUAGUUGUUUGAGAAACGGAAAGUAGGGAAGUAUCCCAUAUUGUUGAUUCUGUUUAUUUUUGCAGUUUACUUGAAAUUUACUUGUGGAUUUUGAAAAGGUACAGGGUGUUCCUUUAAUUUCGUUUUGCUGCUUUACCAAAUAUUAGUUUUCUUUCCUUAACAAAUGGUAGAAGGAGUUUAUGUAAAAACAUUUACUGUAGUGCCCCCACAUGGAAUCUGUGAUUAUGUAAAAACAAUUAAAUAACUGUGGUACUUGACCAUAACGAGGCGAAGUUUGAUCUCUUUAAACAAACUUUCCUGGAACCCGACUAGUAUUUUUGACACUUCCAGCAACCAGUCAUGCUCUGCCAAGGUAAUGUAAUGUAAUAACCCUAAUUGUAUGCUGUUUUACAUAAUAAUCAAUAUUUUUACUGUACUACAACUCAUAAGAUAACUUUUUAAACUUAACUUUUGUAAAAUCCGCAGAAUAUAAGUUUUUAUUGUCAUUUUUAAAUUGGAAAUUUAUAAGAUACAUUCAAAAGGUUUCUACAUGUUACACCACAUCAUUAAGUACUUAAAGAGCAAUGCUUUUAAAUUCUUAACAAUAUUUAUAUUUGCUUAAAAUCUGAACUGUUGAACUAAUACAUCUUUUUUGUUUUUUCAUUCAUUACCUUAAAUUUUUCUGCGAACAUAAAAUUAUAAUGGAUUUGUACUUAACUUCCCUAAACAGUUUUUAUUGAUUUUAAAAUUUUGAGUUAUCUGAUGAGAUGUAGGACAAGACAAAGAUGUUGUAAACUUACAUAAAACAGAGUAAAUAUUCAUAGCAUGCUUGUAUUCCAUUCUAUUAUAGUAAGUGUGGAUGUAAUAGCUUAUAUUACAUUUUUUCAUUAUUGCCUUUCUUUGCAAAAAAAUGAGUUGCAGCUUUUUAUAAAGAAUGCUGUCACUUUUAAACUUUUUUUAAUGGUUGUUUAUGGCGUUGUCUGUUCUUUUGAUUUUAAAAGGAAUUGUUGUUAUCGUGGUAGGUAACAAUAUUUUAUGAAAUAGUAAUUAGUCUGAUGUUCUAUGGAGAUUAGCGGUUGUGACGUUAUCAAAGUAGAUAAAAAUAUGAUUUCUGCAUAAAUGUUGAAAUAUAAACCGGUAUAUUGACAAAUUUGUAGCGCAUAUAAGGGCAUCGGGCUCUUGGUUUUACUUGG